CUUACAUCCAUCACAAUCCUAAUCCAAUCUACUUAUCCAAUGCUCACCUUGCGGGCCCAUGCAUCAAGACUCUUCUUCUUUUUCAUCCUCGCCAACCUUGCAUCGCUCACCGCCGCGUCGCACCCCGCCGACCAACGCCACGAACACCACCAAGGUCCGCUUUUGAAUCCGGGUGAAGCUAUCGCCUUCGGCUCUGACCAGCAGCACCCUCCGCUCGCCGCCGUCGCGGACGCAGAACUCCUCCUGCCCUUCGCAGACCCCCUUGCACCAGCAGCACCAGCAGCACCAGCAGCCAUGUCCUCCCCCCUCGCCCGGACGGCCCCGCUCGUGUUCCCGGCCGCCGGCAAACACACCGCCACCGUCAUCUUCGCCCACGGCCUCGGCGACACGGGCCACGGGUGGGCGAGCGCCGUCGAGAACUGGAGGCGGAGGCAGAGGCUUGACGAGGUCAAGUUUGUGCUGCCCCACGCGCCUCAGAUUCCCAUCACCUGCAACUGGGGCAUGCGCAUGCCGGGCUGGUUCGACAUUGUAAGUCGCAACACAAUCUUUGACCGGCACCGCCGCCAAGCAUCAUCAUCGCCGCCGGCGUCGUCUCCAUCUCCAUCGUCAUCGUCGUCCCCGCUGACCGCACCCCAGAAAAGGCUGGACGGCACCGUCGAGGCCCUCCGCGAGUCCGAGGACGAGCCGGGCAUCCGCGCGUCGUCCGAGUACUUCCAGUCUCUCGUCCAGGCCGAGGUCGACGCCGGCAUCCCCGCCGAGCGCAUCGUCCUCGGGGGUUUCAGCCAGGGCGGCGCCAUGGCCAUCUUCUCGGGCUUGACGGGCCCGCACCGCAUUGGCGGCAUCGUCGGCCUGUCGUGCUGGUUGCUGCUUAGCAACAAGUUCGCGGGCAUCGUGCCGGCGGGCUCGCCGAACCAGGACACGCCCGUGUGGUUGGGCCACGGCGACGCGGACCCGCUCGUGCGGCCGGAGCUCGGCGCGCUGAGCGCCGAGGCGUUGAAGAAGCUGGGGUUCAAGGUGUCGAGGACGCUUUACCCUGGCAUGCCCCACGCUGCGUGCCCCGAGGAGCUCGAUGACGUGGAGGCGUUUUUGCUCGAAAGACUGCCGCCGACCAAGCAGUGAGCUGGAAUGGUGGGGGAAUGUUGGGGGAAUGGUAAAAAGGCUGCAAGCGACAAGCAGCACACGGAGCAGUUGAUUUGGUUUUGAGGCCUUGGAUAAUCGAAGCCUCUUUGUUGUCUGUAUAUUGCAUGGCGCGCAAUCAGGCAAAUGCUCAGGAAAAAUUUUUAAGGGCGGCAUCUAACAUUUCCAUAUGCCUCCCACCCGACACAUAUCACCGAAUAGGUAGACCGGGUGCCCAAAACAGCAACAUCAUCCAUCAUCUGCGCUUUGCUCGUUGGAUCUUACAGGACGGACCAGUAGCAACAGUAGGAUACCAGCAAACCUAGUGAAGACGACCGGCGCAUGUCGAAUUCGGUGUCGCCUGCACUCCGUCACAGUUGACAACGACUGGUUUCCAUUGGGAUGGUUGGCAGGAAUAGCACCACAAUACUGAAAUCUUGCUCGCUCUCCUCUCACGACCAAAACGCUCAAUGUACAAUACCCAUGGGGAAAAUGAAGAGAAAUCCAUAUAUGGAAAAAUGAGUGAGAGAACCGCGCACUAACUCAAUGGCUCGUGGGCCAUGUCUCUCGUC